CAGCAAUUACUGAGACAAGCAGUAUACACCGCAGGCCAGGGUUAGAGAAGCAAGGGCAGGCACUCAAAGUUAUAAAGGUACUACGUGCAGCAAGGUUUCAUUUAUACUGGACAUUAUGGUGUUGAUGUAAACUAGAUGAUGGGGUAGCUAAUAUUGUUUUAUGAUGGGGGAUAGAGGGGACAUGAAGUUCAUUCUCCACAUGUCAGAUCGUGUCAAUGGGAUUUCAGGUGAAGAGUACAGCGCAAAGAGGAGAAGGUAAGACCGGAAUCGUGUACACAAUGGGAGACCCAGUACAGUUUAAAGACGAAGGAAACAAACACUUCCAGGCAGGUGAUAUUGACAAGGCCAUCGAGUGCUACACAAAUGCCAUCAAGACCUGCAAAGACAAGAUGUUACUAGGAGUCAUUCACAGGAACAGAUCUGCCUGCUACCUGAAGAAGGAGAACUAUGCCCAAGCAGCUUCAGAUGCUUCCAGAGCGAUUGACGUGAACGCCUCGGACAUCAAAGCCCUAUAUAGGAGAUGUCAAGCUUACGAGAAACUGGGCAAACUGGACAUGGCCUUUAAAGACGUGCAGAGGUGUGCCACCAUUGAGCCGAAGAACAAGACUUUUCUGGAAACCUUGAGGAGGCUAGGGGCAGAGAUCCAGCAGAAGCUGAAGACGACGUUCUCUACGGAUUCCAGAGUGCAAAACAUGUUUGAUAUUUUGCUCGAGGAAGAAGCAGAUAAAGAAAAGAAAGAGAAGGCUGCAAACAACUUGAUAGUGCUGGCAAGAGAAGAUGCAGGAGCAGAGAGAAUCUUCCAGAACAACGGCAUGUCGCUGCUCAUCCAGCUCAUCGACACGGGAAAACCUGAGAUGGUUCUGGCUGCCAUUAGAACCCUUUCAGGAAUGUGCACUGGACACAAGGCCCGGGCGACAGCUAUCAUCUACUUUGUUGGAAUUGACAAGCUCUGCAGCAUAAUGGCAACGGACAACGAAGAAAUUGCAGUGGCAACCUGUAACUUGUUCCAGUGUGUCUACGACUCCCUUACCGGAGGAGACAAGAGGGUUUAUGGGAAGGAAGAGUCUCUAGUCCUGGAUUCGACAAAGGACCUGAAGACCAUCCUGUUAGCCCUCCUGGACAUGAUAGUCAACAAAAACGUCUCAGGACAUGGACGAGACCAGGCCCUCAAUCUGCUGAGCAAAAAUGUGCCCAGAAAGGACAAGAAAGACCAGGAUCAUUCAAAGACUCUAUUUACUAUUGACCAUGGCCUGAAAAAGAUUUUGAAGGUUUGUGGACAGGUGCCUGACCUCCCCAACCAGCUGCCCAUGACAGACAACACCCAGCUCAUUGCCAGUAUCCUCCUCAACAAGCUGUAUGAUGACUUACGAUGUGAUCCCGAAAGAGACAAUUUCCGCGACAUCUGCGAUGAGUACAUCAAAAACAAAUUUGAUCCCAACAACAUGGACAAGAAUAUCCAUGCCAUCAAUGCCCUCUCAGGUUUGCUGCAGGGUCCAUUUGAAGUGGGAAACAUACUGGCUGGCCGCCAGGGAGUGAUGGAGAUGAUGGUGGCUUUGUGUGGCUCAGAGCGAGAGGUGGAUCAACUGGUUGCUGUGGAGGCCCUCAUUCAUGCCUCCAGCAAGAUGAGUCGCGCUUCUUUCAUCAUCACCAAUGGCGUGUCUCUCCUCAAGGAUAUAUACAAGAAGACCAAGAAUGAGAAGAUUAAGAUCCGUGCCUUGGUGGGUCUUUGCAAGCUGGGUUCUGCUGGUGGUGAUGACUACAGUAUGAGGCAGUUUGCAGAGGGCUCCACGGAGAAGCUGGCCAAGCAGUGCCGAAAAUGGCUUUGCAAUCCAAGCAUUGAUGUACGUACCAGGAAGUGGGCAAUUGAGGGCUUGGCGUACCUGACAAAUGAUGCAGAUGUGAAGGACGACUUUGUUGAAGAUGAACCUGCAAUGAGAGCCAUGUUUGAACUUUCUAAGUCUACAGACAAGACCAUUCUCUAUGCUGUGGCCUGCACCCUGGUCAACUGCACCAACAGCUAUGACAAGAAGGAAAUUAUUCCAGAGCUUGUUCAGCUGGCCCAGUUCUCCAAGCAGCAUGUCCCCGAGCAGCACCCCAAGGACAAGAAGGAUUUUGUUGCGAAGCGGGUGAAGCGACUGCUAAAGGCUGGGGUGAUCUCUGCCCUCACCUGCAUGGUCAAGGCAGACAGUUCCAUCCUAACUGACCAGACCAAAGAGAUGCUGGCGAGAGUGUUUCUAGCCCUAGCAGAAGAUGCUAAGGACCGCGGCACUAUCGUUGCCCAAGGAGGAGGAAAGGCACUGAUUCCACUGGCUCUGGAGGGUACUGAAGCAGGCAAAAUCAGAGCCUCCCAUGCUCUUGCCAAAAUUGCUGCCAUCUCAAACCCAGAUAUUGCUUUCCCUGGAGAGAGGAUAUACGAAGUUGUGCGACCCCUGGUCAGCCUCCUCAACACCGAGCGAGAUGGCCUGCAGAACUAUGAGGCUCUCAUGGGCCUCACAAACCUGGCAGCACUGAACGAUAAACUAAGGGUCAAGAUCAUAAAAGAAAAAGCUCUUCCAGAGAUUGAAAACUACAUGUUUGAAGAGCACGAGCAGAUCAGACAAGCAGCUACUGAGUGCAUGUGCAACCUGGUGGUCUGCAAAGAGGUGCAGGAGCGCUACAUGGAGGAUGGAAAUGACAAGCUGAAACUGCUGGUGUUGCUCUGCAGCGAGGAUGAUGAGAAGCUCCAGAGAGCAGCAGCCGGGGCCCUGGCUAUGCUCACUGCUGCACAAAAGAAGCUCUGCACCAAACUCACACUGGUGACGGUACAGUGGAUGGAGAUCCUGCAGAGACUCUGCCUCCAUGACAACCUCCAGGUCCAGCACAGAGGCCUCGUCAUUGUCUACAACAUGCUCAACGCUGAUUCAGAGCUCGCAAAGAAGCUGAUUGAGAGUGAAAUUCUGGAGAUUCUCAGUGUCAUUGGCAAGCAGGAGGACAACCCAAGCAAGCAGGAAGUGAUUGAUGUGGCUCGUUCCUGUCUGGUCAAGGCCAUGGACCUUGGACUUAUCAAACCCUUCUCGUGAACUUGUGACUGACAGGAAGACAGUGCUAGAGCUUCUCUUUUAUUCACAUGGUUUUUUACAAGUGGUCAAAGUAGGGCCAACUUUCUGGUGGAGGACUGAGAUGCCUUUCAAAAUAAGAACAUUUAUUUCAUAAGAUGUAGCACAACUGUCAUGAGUUCUUGUUUUUCAUUCUGUUUUUUCAAAAUAUCUGUAUUAGAAAUGGCUGAAAUUUACCCUGGUUGAUCAACAGAUAAUAUAUACUGUGAUGUGCCUUCUUGGUAUUUAACGAUGCCCAUAUUUUUCAUUUUAUGAUUUGAUAAAAAUGUAAUUUGUACUCAGAUAAAUUUUUGAGAAAUUGCUCCUUUCACAAUGGUUUUUGAUAUCAAUACUUUUCGCCUAUACUUAAACACAGUUGUAAAGAAAAAACCAAUUACUUAGUAAUGUUUCUGUCACCCUUUUUGUUACUUUUGAAAUUUUCACAUUUAAUGUUUUAAUUUUCUCUCA